UCAAAUUAUCUCUUUUCAGAAACAAAAAGUGAAUCUCUCAGAUCUCUCUCUUCAGCAUCAACUAAUGGAAGUUAUGAUUCACUCCUCCACUUUUCUCUCGCCGUCGAUCCCCGCCGCCGCCGACGACCUUCCGACUUCAUCCUACGCCCUCGUUAUUCUUAACCAGCGCCUUCCUCGAUUCGCUCCUCUUCUAUGGAAGCACGCACAAUUUCGUGUAUGUGCCGACGGUGGAGCUAAUCGUCUCUUUGAUGAACUUCCUCUUCUGUUGCCGAAUGAAGACGCACCUAGUGUGAGGAACAGGUAUGUGCCUGAUGCAAUCAAAGGAGACAUGGAUUCAAUCAGAAGUGAUGUGCUAGGUUUCUACAAGGACCUUGGGACCGAGAUCAUAGAUGAAAGCCAAGAUCAAGACACAACAGAUCUGCAUAAAUGCGUGGCAUUUAUUAAGGACUCCUCUCCAAUUGCAGACAAGUCUAAUUUGUGCAUUCUUGUUACUGGAUCACUUGGUGGGCGUUUCGACCAUGAGGUUGGGAACAUCAAUGUUAUACAUCGAUUCUCAUCGCUGCGAAUAAUUCUUUUAUCGGAUGAUUCCCUGAUCCAUCUUUUGCCUCGUACUCACCAUCAUGAAAUUCGUAUUCAGUCAUCUAUUGAAGGUCCACACUGUGGACUUAUUCCUAUUGGGGAACCAUCUUUAAGCACCACAACUACUGGGCUUAAGUGGAAUCUGACUGAUACUGAAAUGAGAUUCGGCGGCCUGGUUAGUACCUCGAACAUUGUCAAGGAAGAUAGAGUAACUGUGAAAUCAGACAAAGAUCUACUUUGGACAAUAUCCAUCAAGAAGCAUUGAUCCACAUUUAAGGUUUUAUCGAUGUGAAUUUACUGGCAUUUAUUUAACUCACUUGUGUUCCUUGUCCCAAAUCAGGCACUAAAUAUUAUGUAGAACAAGAUUAAUAUUUUAUUCUAGCAGAUUAAUAAAGAGAUGGUGAAAAAUAUAUAGAUGAAAAAC